CCGUCUUUUGCUUCUCAUAACCAUCUUCUUGUUUGUCAUCCAUCAUUUGCGCCUGGCGACUACCCCGCCGCAGUUGCACAGUCUGGGCUGUCUUCCAUCGCAACCCGCCGACCGCUAUACUCUGAGAGAUAUCACCAGUUUUGCCUGAUCGGACGGCAAAGAGCGUCGUGCUCAGCCCAAUGCCGGCCUCAACCUUCUCCGUCCUCGUCCUGCUCAUACCACGACUCGCCGCGGCAACGUGCUAUUGGCAAAACAGUACGCUGGCACCCGAUGAUCCGUACUCCAUAGCUCCCGACGACACGGCGUGCUUCCCGGAUCAAGAGAACUCGGCGUGCUGCGGGACGGGAUGGACGUGUCUCUCGGACGGGGUGUGUUACAUUGAGCAAGAGGGGAACAGUUUCUAUUACCGGGGGACAUGCACGGAUCGGACCUGGGACAGCCAGCAAUGCCCGGGAUGGUGCUUUGCUCAGAACGCCAACACGUCCAUACCUUUACUGAAAUGUGACACGGCACAAGACUGGUACUGUUGCCCCGGAGAUUCAGAGUGUAGUUGUGACACGGGAAAGGAUGUGGUCAAGCUCGGGGACACGCAACCGAGUACAGUCACCGUCAUUGGAAGCACCAGCUGGCCCGGGAUUUCGUCCACAACCUCUCCGUUUGUCCAGACAAGCCCUCUCGUGGCCGAUGGCACCAGCACCAGCGAAUCGGGUGGCCUUGGUCAGAGUACCACUAGUAGCGACACCAGGACCAGUUCUACCCCGACAUCUUCGCCCACCACCAGCAGCGCGACAGCGGCGGCAGCAUCCGCGACAUCAGGCACGCCCGCACCAUCCAAAGGUGGCGGCUCGAGCAACACGGGGCUUGCAGCCGGGCUGGGGGCUGGCUUGGGAGCCGCGGCGGUUAUCAUAGGGGUGCUCCUCUUCGUCUUGAUCCGCAAAAGACGUCACGGCCACGCAGAGAAGGUCGGACCAGCAGAUGGCGGGUAUGGCGGCCUCCUCGACCGAGACCAGAUGAUGCAGAAGCCUUUCUCCGUGGCGUCUCAGCCUGCGUCUCCCUACGCGGACAGUCAACAACAGGCGGUGGCGGAGGCACCAGCAGCAGCACCAGCUCCCCAUCACUCGCGGCCUGAAUUGGCGGGAGCUGGGGAAUACGACCGGGUCGAGAUGCCGACCGGACACGACGGAGACGGGCUCCACCACCGAAGGAGCACAGAGAGGGCUGAACUUGGUCCAUGAGACACAAAGGGACGCGUGGCAAGGGCAAGCCGUUGACGAAGGAUAUAUAAUGAUGGGAGAGGGGAAGUCAUGAAAACGAUCUUUGGCCUAUGGGUUGUUCAUGUCACAUGCUUGAAUCCAGGAAGCACCGGCAAGGCAGGGAAGGCUGUGGCAAAGACGCAGUGGAGGCGAACAGGGGAGGAGAUGGACAAGGACACGGACAAGGACAAGCAUGCAGGCGGUCAUGAUGCCUUUCAGUGACUUGUGCUGGUCAUGUCGUCGAUGACAUCUUUGCUCCAGAGAGACACCAGGUCUAGAUCUCUCCCCUUACUCCCUCCCCUCAUAGUUUGCUAUACAGAUACGCCCAGCCGGCAGUACGGAAGAGGCCACGACGGUACGAGGUGCACACAUUGGGAUCGCCUGUGCGUGAAAUAAUAUUCUACCGCGCGGGAUCCUCUGCUCGUCCAACCGCCAAUAAUAGCUGGUGUUUGCUUUGCGCCAUCAGACCAUCCUCCUUUCCC